AUAGUACAAACUACAAAGUUUCAAAACACAAAAAAUCCAAACACAAACCUUUUAACUAUUUUCUUUUUGUCGUUUUCCAUUUUCUACAUGAUCCUAACAGAAAACGGGUCGGGUCGUCGGAUAUUGAACUUUCCGGCGGUUCAUCCAUGUAUAAACAUUGCUUCCUCCACCCUUCUAUCUUCCCUCAUCAAUCUCUCCGACAAGAUUUCCAAUUUCCAACACAAAUUCUUCUCAUCCAACAAACGAAAUGCUAGAAAAGCCAUUCGUUUGAUUGGUCUUCUUCAACCUUUCCUCCAUGAGAUCUUAGAGAAUCAUUCAAAUCUUCCGGCUCCGGUGACCCUUUGUUUUUCUGAGCUUCAUGUUAUCUUCCAGAAGCUUUUUUUCUUGAUGGAAGAUUUGACUUGUGAAGGUGGUAGGUUGUUUAUGUUGAUGGAGUCGGGUCGGGUUGCAACAAUGUUUCGGGUCUUGUUUAGAUCCGUUGCAAGUGCUCUUGAUGUUUUGGAUUUUGAUUCUGUUGAGGUGGGUUUGGAAGGUAAAGAGGAGGUUUUGUUGGUGAUGAAGCAAGUGAGGGAGGGGAGAUUUAAAUUUGAGGUUGAUGAUGAAGAGGUUGUGACGUGUGUUAAGAAGGUUUUGAACCUUUUUGAGAAAAGGGUUGCUCCAAAAAAGAUUGAUUUGAAGAGGGUUGUUGAUUAUAUUGGGGUUUGUGAGUGGAAUGAGAUUAAUAAAGAGGUGAAGUUUUUGGAUGGUGAAAUUGGGUUUGAGUGGUUGAAUGAGGAAAAGGAAAAGGUGGGUUUUUUGAGUAGUUUGAUGGGGUUUAUGUGUUAUUGUAGAUGUGUGAUGAUUGAAAUCGUGGAUUGUGAAGAGGGUAAGAGUGGGAAGAAAUUUGAUGCAAGAAGGGAAAGUGAGAUGAUUUUGAGUUGUUUGAACUCCGAUGAUUUUCGAUGUCCAAUCUCUUUGGAAUUGAUGAGUGAUCCUGUGACUAUAGAAACAGGUCAUACUUAUGAUCGAUCAUCAAUUCUCAAAUGGUUUAGAAGUGGAAAUUCAACAUGUCCAAAGACAGGUAAAAGUCUUGGCAGUAUAGAAUUGGUACCUAAUUUGGUGCUAAGGAGGUUGAUUCAGCAAUAUUGUAAUGUCAAUGGCAUUCCUUUUGCUGAUUCGAGUCGUCGGAGUCGGGACAUUACUAGGACGGUGGAGCCGGGAAGUGUAGCGGCAGAGGGAGCAAUGACACUCUUGGCUGGUUUUCUUUGUAGAAGUCUUGACAAUGGAAAUGUGGAACAGAAGAACCAUGCUGCAUUUGAGGUAAGGGUUCUUACAAAAACAAGCAUUUUUAGUAGGUCUUGUUUUGUAGAAUCUGGUUUAGUUCCUCUUUUGUUGUUGCUGUUGGCAUCAAGUGAUUCAUCAGCACAAGAGAAUGCUAUUGCAGCUCUUUUAAACCUCUCAAAAUACAUCAAAAGUAGAAGUGAAAUGGUUGAGAAUUGGGGACUAGAAAUGAUUGUUGGUGUCUUAAACAAAGGGAUAAAUAUUGAAGCAAAACAACAUGCUGCAGCAGUCUUGUUUUACCUUGCUUCAAACCCUGAACAUGCUAACUUAAUAGGUGAAGAGCCAGAAGCAAUUCCCUCAUUGAUCAGUCUCAUCAAAGAUGACAACAAACGAAGUGUAAAGAAUGGUUUAGUUGCAAUUUUCGGCCUCCUAAAAAACCAUGAAAAUCACAAGAGGAUACUUGCUGCUCAAGCAAUUCCUUUGUUAGUUAACAUCUUAAAAGCAUCUGAAAAAGAAGACCUUGUCACAGACUCACUAGCAAUUCUAGCAACUCUUGCAGAGAAAAGUGAUGGAACAUCGGAAAUCCUUCGUUUCGGAGCUUUGCAUGUAGCUGUUGAAGUUAUGAGUUCUUCUUCCACUACUUCAAGAUUAGGGAAAGAACAUUGUGUGUCAUUGUUGCUUUCUCUAUCAAUAAAUGGUGGAGAAAAUGUGAUUGCUCAUUUAGUAAAGAGUUCUUCACUUAUGGAAUCUUUAUAUUCACAACUAAGUGAAGGAACUUCGAGAGCAAGCAAGAAAGCAAGUUCUCUCAUAAGGGUCCUCCAUGAUUUUUAUGAAAGGAGAUCCUCUAACUACAGGACAUCAGUUAUUCCACGAGAAAGAUUCAUUCAUGUAUGGUAAAUUUAUUAAACCCAGUAUAUUUUUUCAACCUGGGUAUUCUUUGAUUUUUUUUAGUGAUGUGAAUUGUAGAUAUUGUAUAAAAUUUAUUCACCUUUUGUUAUUUGUACCUGAUAUUAGCUCAUGUUUUAAAGAGCUAGUAUUUUUAUCAGCUUCUGUUUUUAAUGAUGAAGCUUGUACAAAUUAUUGUAAUUUCUUUUGUAUUAUCAAAUACAAUUGUAUGAUCUCUAUUAAAUAUUAAUCAAUAUUAAUAUUCAUCUUAA